CAGCUGGGGAAUCUCAAUCCCCAGAAAAUCACUUUCCACCUUGUUCUACCCAUGAAGAUGUCGACACAGCCGGAAAACGAGAAGUUGCCCGACAGAGCCGGUGCGCCGGAGAAGCCUACAGACGAGAGGCGCGAGAAUGAGGAUUCUGACAUCUCCACACCAACCAAUCUUUCCGCAAUAAGCUAUGCUCCUGAAAAAUCACCUCCGCCCACCACCUUCUGGGGAAAAGUGGGUCAUUGGAUGGGAGCUCUUCCGGAAUGGUCAGUUGGCGGGAGGAAGCUAUCGGGCAGGAAGCUCAACUUCUACAUCGCUUUCAUCGCUUCCAAUGGCUUUCUCAUGUUUGGCUACGAUCAAGGUGUAUUGAGUGCCCUGAUUACUCUUCCAUCCUGGCAACGGACCUUCCCUUUGAUGACGCCCAGAGAGGUUUCCAAUCCUGUCUGCUGGAUCGAUGGGGACAACACAAAUGGUCCUGAUCUCUCUCAGUGCACUGGAGAUGCAAACCUCCAGGCUUUUGCUGUUGCUAUCUAUCAAAUAGGGUGUUUCUUGGGCGCUGUUGUCAUCCUGUAUUACGGCGAAAAAUGGGGGCGCAAGCCUUCUACCUUCUGGGGUUCUCUAGUCAUGAUUAUAGGAACUAUCAUGCAAGCAAGCGCCAAUGGCUAUGCACUUCUUUGUGUAGGCAGAAUCGUCGGUGGUGUAGGUAAUGGAAUGGUCACUUCAACUAUCCCAACUUGGCAAUCUGAAUGCGCGCGUCCAGAGAGACGCGGUGUCAUGAUCAUCUUAGCAGGCGCGGUCAUUUCUGGCGGUGUCAUGAUUGCUUAUUGGAUUGACUUUGCUCUUUACUUUGCUGAAGGCACUGUGCAGUGGCGGUUUCCAGUCGCAUUCCAGGCUUUCUUCACUAUCAUCGUCAUGAUCGGUCUACUGUUCCUGCCAGACUCUCCGCGGUGGCUCGCCAUGAAGGGCCGUACGGAUGAAGCGCACGAUGUUCUCUCUCGUUUGCGCGGCGAGGAAAAGGAUCAUCCAGCUGUAUUAGAGGAAUUAAAUAACAUCCAAGAGUCCCUCUACAUUCAGAACAGAGGUGGAGGGUUCAAGUACCGCGAACUAUUUACCAACGGACCGUCUCAGAACUUUCGAAGAACCUUCCUAGGUGCUCUUUCGCAAUUCUGCCAACAAUUUUGCGGUAUCAACUUGGUCACAUACUACGCUACCUACAUUUUUGAGAAUUCUCUUGGUUUCGACGCUCAACUCUCGCGUCUCAUCUCCGCUUGUAACGGAACAGAAUACUUCAUGGCUUCGCUUCUGGCCAUUCCCGCCAUUGAGCGCUUUGGUCGUCGCCGCCUGAUGUUCCUCGGUGCUGCCGGCAUGUCCGCUGCUAUGGCUAUUCUCGCUGGUGUAGUCUCUACUGGCAUCAUCGAUGAAGUCACCGGCGCACCCGUCCUCGAAGACAGAUACGGCAUUACUGCUGUUGUAAUGUUGUUUGUUUUCAACUCCUUCUUUGGUAUUGGAUGGCUCGGCAUGUCCUGGCUGCUCCCAGCCGAAUUGACGAACUUGCGCACCAGAAUCCACGCCAACGCAGUGUCUACUUGCUCCAAUUGGCUAUCCAACUUCGUCAUCGUCAUGAUCGCCCCUCCAGCCUUCACCAAUCUGACCUGGAGAACAUACAUCAUUUUCGCGGUUUUGAACGCCGCUAUCAUUCCUACAGUGUACUUCCUCUUCCCUGAACCCAAGGGACGAAGUCUCGAAGAGAUGGACGUCAUUUUUGCCAGCGCAUGGGCCGAUGGAGUCAGUCCAGUCAAACGCGCAAAGGAGAUGCCAAAGCUUUCCGGCACCCAGGUCGAAACCGAACUUGCGAAGUACUUCGGGGAAGAAGAGGCUCAUAUCCGGAGGAGAAGCUCUGUCGCUCGGCAGCAGCCAGUUGACACUUAA